AUGGGUUUCCUCGGCGUAUACAAGGCUGUUUACGAUUAUGUUCCUCAAGGAGAGUCGGAGCUUGCGAUCACAGAGGGGGAUAUACUUUAUGUGCUGGAAAAGAGCGGCGAGGAUGACUGGUGGAGAGCGAAGAAGAAGGCUUCUGGCGAGGACGAUGAUGAGCCUGUGGGAUUGAUUCCAAACAAUUACAUUGAGGAGGUUGCCCCCUCAAGCCAUGCACGAGCACUAUACGACUACACGAGGCAGACCGACGAAGAGCUAUCCUUUUCGGAAGAUGCCCGUCUUGAAGUGUUUGAUACAUCAGAUCCAGAUUGGAUAUUAGUCGGUUUAGAUGGAGAAUAUGGAUUUGCACCUGCAAACUAUAUUGAAUUAAAUGAGGAUGAUGAGCCAUCACCCGCGGCGGCGGCGGUGGCAGCACCACCAAGCCUUCCUAGACGGCCUCCUCCUGCAGAAAUCGAGAGUGAUCCGGAAUCUCCUGCUUCUCCUGCAAGCCCAAUCAAUACACCCGCAGCGAAUAUAGCGGGGAUAUUGAAUCAAAGAAAGGCAUCGGCCCCUGCGGCAAGACCACCUCCUCAAUAUACACCCGAAGCUUCAGAUGAAGAGGAACCUCCUACUCCGACUCUCCCUCCGCGAAGUCCCCCUCAGGCGAGGGCGCCGGAACGUAUUGAUACCAGAAUUGCGAGAGCUGCUUCGUUGGAAGGCGUUGGCGCAUCUCCUCCGUAUAAUAGGGCUUCUCAUAACAGGGGCAUUGACGAAGAAAUGUCACACAACUCAUCGGGUGGAUACCACAUGUAUAACAUCAAUGAAAUGGUGUCAGUUAUGGGUAAACGGAAGAAGAUGCCGACGACUUUGGGAAUAAAUUCAGUAACGGGUGUUAUUAUGAUAGCACCUGAAAAGCAACGGGACGGUCCUGAGCAGACUUGGACCGCCGAGAAAAUGCAGCAUUACUCAAUAGAGGGCAAACACGUCUUUCUUGAAUUAGUCCGGCCAAGCAAGAGUGUCGAUUUUCAUGCUGGCGCGAAAGACACAGCUCAUGAAAUUGUCAGCGCCCUUGGAGAACUUGCAGGAGCGGUUAGGGCGGCAAGCUUGACAGAUAACAUGCUGUCAGGUGCCAGGCAAACGAAAAAGACUGGACAGGUGCUUUACGAUUUCAUGGCUCAAGGGGACGACGAGGUCACAGUUGCUGUGGGAGACGAAGUCAUCGUGAUUGAUGACACAAAGAGCGAAGAGUGGUGGCAAGUGAGACGGCUGAAGAAUGGCAAGGAAGGGGUAGUACCGAGCAGUUACAUCGAAAUCACUGGCCUGACAGUGGCCCCUGAGAGCCACUCGGGUCUCAAUGCCGGCCGUUCGACCACCGAUCAGAACAGAAUCGAAGAAGAGCGAUUGGCGAAGGAGUCCUUGAGAGCAGCCAGAAGAGAGGAGGAACGAGGGUCAGAGGUAGGCCCUGGAAUGCGUUUGCCCGAAAGGGGUAGCAGUUUGAAUGCUCGUGACAAUAGUAACAAUUCUGGGCAACAGAGAAACCAACGAGAUAGUCGAAACGAUUCUUCGUCGCGACCAUCGAAGUCGAAACCGGAUCCAUCAAAGGUACGCACGUGGACGGAUCGCUCGAAAUCUUUCAGUGUAGAGGCACAAUUCUUGGCCCUGAAGGACGGCAAGAUUAAUCUUCACAAAAUGAAUGGUGUAAAGAUCGCCGUCCCAGUUGUUAAGAUGUCAAUUGAAGAUCUAGAAUAUGUCGAAAGAAAGACUGGAAUAUCUUUAGACGAAGACAAGCCAUUGUCAGAUAUCAAGAAGCAACGAGCCCGAGCAGCCAAAGAGUCAUCUAGAGACAAUGUACCAUCGCCCAGUACUUCCGCUGGCGCCUCAGUGGAGCGUACUCCACAAAAGCCCGAGUAUGACUGGUUCCAAUUCUUUCUUUCUUGUGAUGUUCAGGUCGGGCUAUGUGAACGAUAUGCUCAAGCGUUCAACAAGGACUCGAUGGACGAGAGUGUUAUUCCCGACAUUGAUGCUACAGUCUUGCGCAACGUUGGCAUUAGGGAGGGAGAUAUUAUUAAGAUAAUGCGGACUCUUGACAAGAAGUUCAAUCGGACCGGCGGCAAGAAAGGUGUCAGUUUCGCAGGAGACGAAGCGGCAGAUGGGGCUUCUGGUGGGAUGUUUUCUGGUCCUGGAGGUACUUUGAAGAAUAAUACCAGCAAAGGCAGACCAGCUCCUCCAGUAGAAACAAACAACACCGUUGAUGCCAAGGCCUUUUCUCGGGAUUCUGGGAGCAGAGUUCCAGAGGGAGUUGCUACUCCUCUCGCAUCUGCACCCAAACCUGCUCAAAAAGAUGUGGCUAGAGGUGGUUUUGACGAUGAUGCUUGGGACGUAAAGCCUUCAAAGCAGGACUCGCAGCCAGCUCCCGCACAACCACAACGUCCAGCGGCUGCAUCGGCUCCCGUACAGAUGCCUGCUCUCACCGGAGCUAUGCAGGAGUUGACCCUUCUAUCGCAGCCUUUAGAGCCCGUGAGAGCUCAGCCAACUCCCCCUCCACAACCACAGGUUCAAGCGCCUAUACCGCAACAACCCCAACCUCAGGUGCAAGGCCCGCCGGCUGUUACUCCUUCCAUUUUCGCCGGCAUUGGAAAUCAGCAGACAGGUAUUCCACAGCAACAGACCGGUAUGCAGCAGCCACUAGGUGGAUUCCAGAAUCCGAACCAAUUUAACCAAGGCGUUGGGGGUAUUGCUCGCCCACGACCUCCCCCAGGUCAAUUUCAGAACAGUUCAAACGGUUUGAUGAUCCCUGCUCCACCUGGAAGGCCAUUAUCAGCGCCACAGGCGGCCCAGCAGAGUGCGUUUUCUCUUCCUCCAUUGCAAGCUCAGAGCACGGGUAUGCAAAACUCAGCUGGGUACCAAAACAAUAUUGCACCUCCUGGGCAAAGCCUCAACGAGAUUCAAAUGAGACAGCAAUUUACUGCUCAACAAAGCAUGCAACAAAAUAACUUGGGAAUGAUGGGCCAGCAACAGCCUUUCAAUCCUCAGUUCAACAAUCCUGGGCAGAAUGGGUUUCAAUAUCCUAUGCAGACCGGUAUGAACCAACAACCAUUUAUGAACAAUGGAGGAGGACCAUUUGCCGAUCCUCGGCCGCAGCAAUUCUCUCCUAUGCAGCAACAGCCAAUUCAGCAGCAACCUACAGGAUUUGUAAGUUCAUUUGGACCACCGCAACCGCAAUAUCCACAGCAGACCGGUGUAAACUCCUUUCUACCACCACCACUGCAGCCAACUCCAACAGGAGCUCAGCAGUCAUCUAAUGGCUUUCAAUCUUCGUUCAACCCACCACCCAUGCCUCCUAUGCCACCAAUGCCUGCACAACACACAAUGCAACCUUUAGUACCUCAAAAGACCGGGCCACCUCCACCAGUAAGAUUUGGUGUGACAGGCGAUACGAAGAAGAUUAUGCCUCAAGCUACAGGGCGGAGAGCAAAUCUGAGUCAAGCCACACCGCAAAACCCAUUUGGUUUCUAG